GGCCAAUUCGGCACAAGGGCUCCAGGGGGCAAGGAUGCAAGCUUGCGCUCGUUAUAUCAGCAUCACUUAUCCCCGACAUAACAUGAAAGAUCUUAACCCACAAGAUGACUUCUAUCAUAUCAUAAUGAUGAUGGGAAUCGGAACCGGUUGGAGUUCAUCUAUCUCAAAUUAUAAUCCUCAAGAAAUCGUUGAUAAUUUAAAACGAUUAAUCAAUAAUGAAGAAACUGUAAAGAUGCACUCGUGGUACCGUGGGUUCCAG